AUGGCCAGUAUGAUUACCAAUGUCUUUGAAGACGGUAGCCCUAAUUUUGCUUAUGCUUACUGUGAAGACAUUCAUGAUUCAAGAGGGUACACAGCUGGCUAUGCCGGAUUUACAACCGGUACAGGUGAUGCAGAAAUCGUGAUUGAGAAAUACACAUUUAAUAGUCCCAUUAAUUUCCUCUUGGCGUUCCUUCCACGUAUCAAGCAAAUCAGUCUUUUACCCCAUUGUGACAGAAAAAGCAGAGGUACCAUUCUCGGUUUAGGUAACUACUGUAGUGCUUGGAAAAAAGAAGCAUGCCGCUCCAACAGCCGUUUUGCAAAGAUGCAAUUGGAGUGGGUCUAUAAAAACUACAUGUUACCUAGUGUCCGUUAUGCAGCACAAAGUAACGUCACCUCGCCUCUUGGACAAGCUAUCUUUUAUGAUACAAUUAUUCAACAUGGAUAUCAAUAUGUUGAACCCGAUAUUAAUAUUGUACGUGUGCUUGUCUUGACGGGUCCUCGUCAGCCUGAUGAAUCCGAAAAGAGCUUUCUUACUCGCUUUUUAACGACAAGACGUCAAUUGCAAUGCUGCUAUCCUGACACUGCUUGGCCUGCAAGUGCCUCAAGAAGCGCUGACCUUCAAACAUUGGUUGAUGACUUUGAGAAAAAUAAGGAUCUCAAAUCACCCGUAGAACUGGUCAAGUAUGGCGUCAACGUGACCGGUGACACCAACAUGCUUCGAGACGAAAAGCACUGUGGAAAGGGUCCUUAUGCUCUUUUCCCAUUACCUUGGUUACUUUAA